GGGCGCGGCGCUCGCGGCCGCUGCUGCUGCCUGGGAGGGAGGCCGGGCAGGCGGCGGAGCGGUGCGGUUCUUUACUUCGAGUGGCCCGGGCUGCCGCUACUGACUGACCCGGCUUUGGCGGACGGACGGACGGACGGACGGACGGGCGGGCAGGCAGGCGAGCCACAGAGGCGGAGGCUGGGAGCCGCGCCGGACGACGUAGAGCUCGAACGGUCAGGCUCGGCGGCGGCCACUGUGUCCGCUGAAUGAAGUGCCCGCCCCGCGGAGCCCCGAGCCCGGCGCUUUCCCCGCAAGAUGGACGGUUUCGCCGGCAGCCUCGAUGAUAGCAUUUCUGCUGCAAGUACUUCUGAUGUUCAAGAUCGCCUUUCAGCUCUUGAGUUACGAGUUCAACAACAAGAAGAUGAAAUCACUGUGCUAAAGGCAGCUUUAGCAGAUGUUUUGAGGCGUCUUGCAAUUUCUGAAGAUCAUGUAGCCUCAGUGAAAAAAUCAGCCCCAAGUAAAGGGCAACCAAGCCUUCGAGAAGCUAUUUCUAUGUCCUGUAUAACCAACGGAAGUGGUGCAAACAGAAAACCAGCUCAUUCCAGUUCAGUCUCAAUUGCAAGAAAAGAAACUCUAUCAUCUGCUGCUAAAAGUGGUACAGAAAAAAAGAAAGAAAAACCACAAGAACAGAGAGAAAAAAAAGAGGAAUCUCAUUCUAAUGAUCACAGUCCACAAACUCGAGCAUCACCUUCUCCCCAGCCCUCUUCACAACCUCUCCAAAUACACAGACAAACUCCAGAAAGCAAGAAUUCUGCUCCCACUAAAAGCAUAAAACGACCAACAGCAGCUGAAAAGUUACAUAAUUCAUGGGAGAAUUCAGAUGAUAGUCGUAAUAAAUUAUUGAAAACACCUUCAACAUCCAAAUUAAUAUCAAAAGUUACAAAAAAUACAGACAAGCAUAAAGAUGUCAUCAUCAACCAAGCAAAAAUGUCAACCCGCGAAAAAAACAGCCAAGAAGGAGAUUAUAUUAAAAUGUUUAUGCGAGGUCGGCCCAUUACAAUGUUCAUUCCUUCUGAUGUUGAAAACUAUGAUGACAUCAGGACAGAACUGCCUCCCGAGAAGCUCAAACUGGAGUGGGUAUACGGUUAUCGAGGGAAGGACUGUCGAGCUAAUGUUUACCUUCUUCCUACGGGGGAGAUCGUUUAUUUCAUCGCAUCAGUAGUAGUGCUAUUUAAUUAUGAAGAGAGAACACAGAGACACUACUUGGGUCAUACAGACUGUGUGAAAUGCCUUGCUAUACAUCCUGACAAAAUUAGGAUCGCAACUGGACAGAUAGCUGGAGUGGAUAAAGAUGGAAGGCUCCUACAGCCCCACGUCAGAGUGUGGGACUCUGUCAGCCUCUUCACACUGCAGAUUAUUGGACUUGGAACCUUUGAACGUGGAGUGGGAUGUCUGGAUUUUUCAAAAGCAGACUCAGGUGUCCAUUUAUGUGUUAUUGAUGAUUCCAAUGAACAUAUGCUUACUGUGUGGGACUGGCAGAAAAAAUCAAAAGGAGCAGAAAUAAAGACAACAAAUGAAGUUGUUUUAGCUGUGGAGUUCCACCCGAAAGAUGCAAAUACCAUAAUAACGUGUGGUAAAUCUCAUAUUUUUUUCUGGACUUGGAAUUGCAAUUCUCUAACAAGAAAACAGGGAAUUUUUGGGAAGUAUGAAAAACCAAAAUUCGUGCAGUGCUUAGCGUUCUUGGGGAAUGGAGAUGUCCUCACUGGAGACUCUGGUGGAGUCAUCCUUAUAUGGAGCAAAACUACUGUGGAGCCCCCGCCUGGGAAAGGCCCUAAAGGUGUGUAUCAAAUCAGAAGACAGAUCAGAGCCCAUGAUGGCAGUGUGUUCACACUGUGUCAGCUGAGAAAUGGGACCUUAUUAACUGGAGGAGGAAAAGAUAGAAAAAUAAUUCUCUGGGAUGACGUUCUGAAUCCUGAAAGAGAAAUAGAGGUCCCUGAUCAAUAUGGCACAAUCAGAGCUGUAGCAGAAGGAAAGGCAGAUCAAUUUUUAGUAGGCACAUCACGAAACUUUAUUUUACGAGGAACAUUUAAUGAUGGCUUCCAAAUAGAAGUACAGGGGCACACUGAUGAACUCUGGGGCCUCGCCACACAUCCCUUCAAAGACUUGCUCUUGACAUGUGCUCAGGACAGGCAGGUGUGCAUGUGGCACUCAGUGGAGCACAGGCUGGAGUGGGUCAGACUCUUGGAUGAACCAGGACACUGUGCAGAUUUCCAUCCCAGUGGCACCGUGGUGGCCAUAGGAACACACUCAGGCAGGUGGUUUGUUCUGGAUGCAGAAACCAGAGAUCUAGUUUCUAUCCACACUGACGGGAAUGAACAGCUGUCUGUGAUGCGCUACUCAGUAGAUGGUACCUUCCUGGCUGUAGGAUCUCAUGACAACUUCAUUUACCUCUAUGUAGUCUCAGAAAAUGGAAGAAAAUAUAGCAGAUAUGGAAAAUGCACUGGACACUCCAGCUACAUCACACACCUUGACUGGUCCCCAGACAACAAGCAUAUAAUGUCUAAUUCGGGAGAUUAUGAGAUAUUACACUGGGACAUUGAAAAUGGCUGCAAACUAAUCAGGAAUCGAUCAGACUGUAAGGACAUUGAUUGGACAACAUACACCUGUGUGCUAGGCUUCCAAGUCUUUGGUGUCUGGCCAGAAGGGUCUGAUGGGACAGACAUCAAUGCACUGGUGCGAUCCCACAGCAGAAAGGUGAUUGCUGUUGCUGAUGACUUUUGUAAAGUCCAUCUGUUUCAGUAUCCCUGCUCCAAAGCAAAGGCUCCCAGCCACAAGUACAGCGCCCACAGCAGCCACGUCACCAAUGUCAGUUUUACUCAUAAUGACAGCCACCUGAUUUCAACUGGUGGAAAAGACAUGAGCAUCAUUCAGUGGAAACUUGUAGAAAAGUUAUCUUUACCUGCAAAUGAGAUUUCAGCAGAUACUUCUACAAAAGUCCUUACCUCUUCCAUCGAAGGUGUCCUCCAGUCUGACACUUACACACCAGCCCCUUCCCAUCCCUUAAAUGAGACAGCUGAAGACAACAGUAGGAUAAGCAGUUCUCCCACGCUCCUGGAGAACAGCUUGGAGCAGACUGUGGCACCAAGUGAAGACCACAGUGAGGAGCAGAGUGAGGGGGGCAGCGAGGAGCUUGGGGAGCCUGCCGAGGAGGGGCCGGCCAGCGAAGCUGGCGAGGAGCAGGGGGAGGAGCAGCAGGAAGCCUGCCCCCUGCCCUGAGGCCAGUCUUGGCACAGCUCGUCUGCCUUGGCAGCGUGGGACUCCACGGAGAAGUUCAGAUAACCGGCCAGCUGGUGAUGGAGUGGCGGCGCUGUGGAUGGAGACUGUUUUCCACACAGCUCACCUAAACAUUCAGUGUGGUGUAUGUUGAACAUUAACCAAACUAAGUAGGAGAAGACUGAAACCUUCAUUCUGUCUCGGGAAUCACUGUGCAAGUAAGUGGGAUAGUGUAAAUACUGGAAACAAAGGCAGUUUUUACUGAAAUAAAUCCCCACGUUACCUGAACGUGUUUUCUUCAGGAAUCACCAGAGGCACCACACACGCUACCCUGCUGGCCUAGACCUGCCUUCCUCUGACAUAGGAAAGAGCCUAGAGCAGGGGUGUGCUCUUACUGCGAUGUCUUCCCACCAAAGUCUAAUGGAGAUUUCUUAGUUAAGAAAACCUUCAGUAUUGCCUUGUGCGAUGAUGUUGCCUUCUUCAAUAAUGACUUUUUUACACUACCAGUAGAUGUCCAGAUGUGCUUGCUAGUCUACUAUAUAGGUGCUGCCUUUUCUAAGUUAAAACAAGGACUAGUCCUUAAUUGCUGGUGUGCAAAUCUAUUUUAUCCUAGAACUAAGAGCGCAUUGGUUUGUUGAAGAGCUUUUAAUGUAUAUUAAACCUUGAUACUCAGAAGUGUUGGGUUCCUGCAAGGAGUCCUUUACUGGCUGCAACAUUUUCUAAUGUUUAGCAUUCAAAUGAAUGGAAGAAAACCACAUGCCUUUACAAUUAAGCUAUAAUGAUUACCUGGCUAAUUUUACUUUAGCCACCUUCAUUAUUUGUUUCCUCAACAGGAGAAAUAUAAACAGAGUAAGUUCUAGUGAUUGAAUUGGUGCUUGAAAUCCAUUUGUUUGUGAUUUUCUUACAAAUUAUAUUGAGGAAUAAGAUAUUCAGCAAAUUGCAAAUUUUUUAAUGUGUGAAUAACUAAUUUUUUUUUUUUUAAAAACCGCAUACUUCACUGAUUUACUAUAUGUGGCAAUUUUUUUCUGGUGAAGUUGCUCCAAGUCUUGCAAAUUUCAUAUGCCUAUCUCCUAUUCGGGCCAAUGCAUGUAUUUCACUGCAUUGGACAGAUUUUUUUUUUUAAGUUUUUUGUUUUUUUUUUUAAGUUUUGUCAAACUUUUUCUUACAUGUUUUUCCUACUUUAAGUUCUGACAAAUAUGUGUUUCCUAUAUAUUUGUUUAUACUAUGAUUAGAAAUUUUUUUUAUUUUUUAACUUGCUGCAGUGUUUUGAUACUUUUUUUUAGUCUGAUCAUGUUUAGAAACUUUGGGUGAGUUCAGAAGUCUUAAGUAUGCGAGUGUUUACGUGAUUGUGCCAUUCCAAAGUGCAUCAGAACUGUCAUUCCCUUCUAGUAUCUUCUCAGGAGUAAUGCAUAUCAGGUAUCGCAUCAUUUGGUAUAUGGACACUCCGGUGCGCUCCCAAGGACAUUCGCAGCAUUUAUGGUCGCAUGGCGUAUGGAAGGGCAUGAGUGUGCGUGAAGGGGCAGGCGCAGACCCUCUAAUCACGCGCAUCUCUAGACAAGGAGACACGUACCACACCGAAAGUGCUCGGUGUAGACUCUUGUGUAUAGGUGUAUGUCUGUGUAUAUCUCUUUCCUUUUGUUUACAACUAUUUUUUU